AUGGAAUCAACUAAAAUUGUAUGGCAUGAUCCCAGCAUCUUUAAUAUAGAGAACUCUUGCUAUAUUAAAGAUCACUUAUCUCAAUUAGAAUACCAAGCCUUUGCAACUGUCUCCGAAACAGCCCAAUUCUUAUCCACAACAAAGGAUAAAUGAAUUCUCGUUACAUCUGGGACCAAUGGCCAAGAGCUUGUUGUGCAAAUCCAUGAUUUACCGGCUGUAAUUGGUAUCAUAAUAUUUUGUGGAAAUUAUGAAUACAACAAGCAAUGGUCAUCUGCCUUCAAAAAAGUAUCCUCUUCUAAAUAAUUCUUGGCCCUACCUCUUUUUUAUUAAAAAGCAUUUUUUUUAUAAUAUUUUAAUAAUAACUAUUAAAAAAUAGAAUAAAAAGAGUUGAAACUCAAAGUUUUAAAAGGGUGGUAGAACAAGCCAGAAAAAUUUGGGAUCAGUUAGUUGCUUAUAACGUUUUAUUUAUGACUCAAAAAGGAACCAAAGAAUAUGAUCAAAUUAUAGAGGCCCUCGAAAUCGAUUCAUGUGGUUCUCCAACCGCCCCUCUGAGAUUAGAAAAGAUCAGAAAAAAAGCUUAUUAUCAUAUGGAAAAAGAGCUGGAAAUGAGCUUUUUGCAGAUCUGUAAGCUGGCACUAAAGAAUGAAGCCAUUCCUAGAGCUGCUGUUCUUAUUCAUCCACUUCGUGAGCGAGCAAAAAAUCUUGCUAUCUUACAGAGGCCAUAAAAUUUUUCGAAAUUUUAAAAAUCUGCAAAAAUUUAUUAAUUGCGCAAAAUUUAUGUUUAAAAUGCAAGCUACUAAAAAUUUAACAGAUAGCUAAUAGCAUCUAUCAUUUAUAUAUCAAAAUAUUGUGUUUUAUGCAUUUUUGGGCACAAGCACAUAGAUCAUCUGGUGGCCAAUUUUGUAUCUCAGGCUUGGAAAAAUACGAAGCAGCCACCAAUGUAGCUCUCAUGCUUGUGCUCAAAAAGGCGCAAUCUUUUUUAUAAAAAUUUAGAUUAAAAAUAUUUUUUUGCUAGCUUUCAAGUAACUGCUUUCUCAAAAUAUGGAGUUUUACCAAUAGCUUGGCCACUCCAGAGGGAGUUAGUGAGCUAAGAAGUUUUGGGAUAGCUGAUGAAGAUAAAGAAGAAAUUGAAGGAAAAUUCGGCUUAUACCCUAACGAUUUAUUGAGAUCCUUUGUAUAUACAUAUACAUCAGAUGUAGUUUAUAAAAGGUUAAAUGAAUGCUAUGCCAAAAAUGUAUAUGGGAGAGUUAUGAACAUAACAGCAGCUUGCCUAUUAGAGCUGAAAAACAGGCCAGAAUUAAUGCUUCACAAUCCAACAGUUUUAUGAAGAGGUGUAGAAAUCCCAGAAAAUAUUUUGAAAAAACUCACUGUAGGUGAAAAAGGCUUUUGGCCUGCUUUUACUAGUACAGCUAUGAGAAAAGAAGUUGCGCUGAGUCCUCCUUUUAAGGGGAAUGUUCUUUUUGAGAUACACUUGCAAGAAAAUGAAGCCCAUCCUCAUAUAAUUGCAGGGGCAUGGUCUGAGUAUGAGGAUGAGCAAGAAGUCCUAUUUUUACCUUAUUUCCCGUUAGUUAUUACUAAUAUCAGAAAAAUAGGGAAAAUGACGCAUAUAAUUAUUGAGCAAGACCAAACUCAUCCAUCUCUUGCUAUCAACAGCCAAACUUUAAUAAACUAUUGAAGAGCAAGACUAGAAGCAGAAGUUAUAACUCCGAUUGACUUAUUUAAUCAUUAGCAUUAAGUAUAACACCUGCUCAUAUUGCCUAUAAAAGCCACGACAGUGACUGACUUGAUCUUCGUCAUCAAUAAGAUUGCUUUCGCCGAUAUUCUGCUCCUAAAUAGCUGUCCUUUCGGCUCUUGGGUAACUCUGCACAACCUCCUCCACCCUAUAUUGACACACUUCUAGAAAAUUCCAUACCUCUAGAAAGCCCCUAUCACUACGAUCACUAAGCUUUGAUACUAUAUUUUUGAUGAUAAAAUCUGACUGAAGUUAAGUCAAAACCUUAUAAUAAAAAUACAAAAAAGAAGAAUUUUCGUUAGGGAGACCAGAAAAUCGAAUAAUGCAUAUUUAGAUUAAAUAGCUCUGAUUGACAAAAUAUGUGACACCAUUAGAAAUAAAGUCACCAACUCUAUCGAUUUAGUCGCGUAUUUUCGUCAAGAUUUCGACUCAGACAAUUCUGCUCCAAGUUUUUCAAAAGAUUUUGAAAAAGUAAUUCGGGCAACUUAUAAGAAAUACGAACCUGAAAUUAAAAAACUUAAUAAUUCAUUAAGUGGAUCAUUACUUGAUUAUGUCAAAAUCAUGAAAGAUGACCUCCUGAACUCUGCAGUUUUUCACAUAAAAGCAAGAAUUGAAAAUAUUUUUGACUUGGAAUUUGAAAGAAUUAAGCACAAUUUCAUAAAAAUAAUGAGCUACGAGACAAUAACCACUUUUAAUAUACCUGAUGCACUGUUAAGAAAUCUAAUUUCAAAGGUUUUCAAUCUUGCCACCGUGAGCCAUUUUUCCUCAUGUUCACAAGUUAAAAGCACUAUCCAUGAAGAAACCAAAGGUGAAUUAGAGUCCUCUAUAUAUAUUGAUACCUUUAUAUCUGAAUUGAUAAGAGCAAUAAGGCAUGGGACUUAUGGCUAUAGAGAAGGAAUUGAAGAAACAAAUAAUGAAAUAAAAAUUGAACUUAAUAGACAGCUUGAAGAACUGAAACUCAAAAUUCAUCAGUCCCUUGAAAACGUACUUCUUUACUCCCCCCCCCCCUCCGUGAGUGAACAAAACCAUAAAAAUCGCUAUUUUUUGCCCAAAAACCCACCCUCCGUGAGUGAACAAAAAUUUUUUAUGGAAAAAAAUUUGAUAUAUAGGUGAUAAUUAGUAUAAUGAAAUCUAGAGCUAAUUCUGUUUAAUUUUAAACAAAUUGUUUUUUAAAACAUAAAUUUUAUAAAUUAAAUUUUUAUUUGCUUUCCAAUUUUUGCAAAUUAGGAUUAUUUUAAAUUUCGAAAAAAAAAAAUUAACCCCCCUCCGUGAGUGAACGAAAUUUUUUUGUUCACUCACGGAGGGGGGAGUUAG